AUGACUUAUCAAUUUCGAAAAUAUUCAGCCAUUUCGAUUUUACAGAAACAGUUUAUGUUAUGGUCCCGCACUAUGCCUACUUUUGGAAUGAAUCAAGAUAUCUUUAUUUCUCAAUCUCGAAAAGCACCUCUCACAACAUUAUCUAACAUCCAUAAAACUUCAUCAUUUACAGAAUUCCUUCCUCCUGAUCCUCUUAUUCCAUCUCCAGAUGUAUCAAAAAUUGCACCUGAAUUUCUACUGCGACAAGCUCGUGUACUUGAUGAUGGCUUUUAUUCAUAUAUCCGUCCGGAAAAACGUGAAGAGUACAAGUUUAUCCUUCAUUCCCCUUCUGCCCUUCAAGAUUUAGGUCUUCUCCCCAACGAAGCAUCCACAGAGUUUUUUCAAGAUAUUAUUUCUGGAAAGAAACAUUUAGAUAAACCAUAUCCUUACGCUCAAGCUUACGCUGGGUUCCAAUUUGGUACUUGGGCUGGUCAACUAGGCGAUGGUCGUGUUAUUAAUCUUUUUGAAGCUACAAAUCCUCAAACAGAAAAGCGGUAUGAAAUUCAAAUUAAAGGAGGAGGUUUAACUCCCUUUUCACGGUUUGCAGAUGGUAAAGCGGUUCUCCGUUCGUCAAUUCGAGAAUUUUUAGGUUCUGAAGCUGCAAACGCAUUAGGCAUUCCAACUUCACGAGCACUUGCAAUAACUGCACUUCCAAAAACAAUUGCACGCAGAGAGAAGUUUGAAUCCUGUGCUAUUGUGACUCGUAUGGCUGAAUCUUGGGUACGCCUUGGAACUUUUGAUUUAGCACGCAGGCAAAACCGUGGCAAAAAUUUACGUUUACUUGCCGACUUUGUAAUAGAUAAAGUUUUUGGUGGUCAAGAUAAGCUUGUAAAUCCUCAAGAAGCAGUAAUUAUUUCAGGUGAUGAAAAUGAAGCUACAAGAAAUUCCAAAUACGUUCGUCUCUACAGAGAAAUAGUUCGACGAAAUGCAUUUAUGCUAGCUCGUUGUCAAACUUAUGGCUUACUGAAUGGUGUUUUAAACACAGAUAAUACAUCAGUACUUGGGCUUUCGAUAGACUAUGGUCCUUUUGCCUUUAUGGAUACAUUUGACCCGUCAUAUACACCGAACCAUGAUGAUGGCCACCUUCGCUAUUCUUAUCGUAAUAUUUAUGAUUCUAUGUGGUGGAAUUUAGUUAAAUUAGGAGAAGAUCUUGGUCUUUUACUGGGGGCAGGAACACAUUUAGAUGAUCCCAAUUUUCAAGACAAAGAGGGCUAUCUUAAUGAAGAAUAUGCUCAGAGUGUUCAAGAACAAGCGGUAUCUGUGAUUUCUGCUGCGGAGAAGGAAUAUAAGGAUGUCUAUCAAGAUACAAUUAAUAAGGGGUUUCAAAAGAGGUUGGGUCUUUUAACAUUAAAGCUGACUGAUGAAAGUGAAAUAUUUAACCCCCUAUUAGAAAUUAUGGCUGAAGGAGGAUUGGACUUUAAUCAAACAUUUCGGAGUUUGGGAGAUAUUUCGCUUUUUUCGGAAGAGGAUUUAAACGAAUCUGAUAUUCUUGAUGAAUUGAAAGAAUUUUAUCCAUCAAAGAAAGGAGCUUUUGUUCUCAUUAGUGUUGAAGACAGUAGCAAAAAGCUUUUGGAAUGGCUUCAUACUUAUCGCCGCCGUUUGAAAGAAGAAGGGAACACCGAUGAUUCCUUGAGAAAAAAACAUAUGGAUUUGGUCAAUCCCAAAUUUAUUCUUAGAAAUUGGAUUUUGCAAGAGGUGAUUGAUCGUAUGGAAAAAAAUACUGAUGACAAAAUCCUUAGCGAUGUAUUGCAUAUGGCAUUAAACCCUUUUCAAGAAUCAUGGGGCCGCAAUCCUGUGGAUGAAAUGAGAUUUACAGGCGAAGUUCCUUCUUCAUUAAGAGACGGAGUAUGCACAUGCUCUUCCUAG